AACCCUAACUAAUCAAUUUGUAGUAGUGAUGUACUAUACAUAUUUACAUAUUAAAUGGGAAAUCAUACAAAAUAGGUAUCAUAGUAUUGUCGUUAUUCUCUAACUCUUGUCGUUUUCCAUUGUUGUCGUUUUGAAAACCAUAUUUGGUUCUUAUUGUCGUUUUGUUCAUCUCAGUCACAUACAGAAGGAGCCUGAACUGAACCACUGAAAGAAGAAGUCACCUACUGACGCCAUGAACAUGAAGCACCGCCAUUGCAGCUACUUCCCGAAACUAAUCUUCUCCACGCGCCGCCAUUACGCCACCAAAUACACAGCCAAAGUAACCUCAACUUCCCCCACCGGCCGAUCACUCUCCGCCGAGGUUAAACCGCCCUCUCCUCUUCCUCUCGACGUCCGAGGGUAUCCACUGCCCCGCCACGAACUCAUCUGCACGGCCACAAGAAUCCUCCUCCGCCGCCAAUCCUCUUCUGACCCUUUCUCCGACCUAUCGGAUUACCUCGCCUCCCUCUCCGUUACCCUAACUUCAUCAGAAGCCUCCGAAAUCCUGAAAUCCCUAAACACUCCUCUCCUGGCCCUUCGAUUCUUCCAGUUUUGCUCCUCGCUUUCUCCCGAUUUUCGCCAUGACUCGUUUACUUACACCCGACUCCUCCUCAUUCUCUCCAAGUCCGCCGCCGCCGACCGCCUUGACCAAGUUCGUUCCGUACUCGUUGAUAUGGAGCGUUCCGGUGUGCGUGGAACAAUCUCCACCGUUAAUAUUCUCAUUGGCCUUUUCGGCCAUAGCCAGGAUUUGGAAAUGUGUUUAGGUCUGGUGAAGAAAUGGGAGCUGAGAAUGAACCCUUACACUUACAAAUGCUUGCUUCAAGCCUAUUUGCGGUCUCAUGAUUCAACCAAAGCUUUCGAAACCUAUCGGGAAAUGCGACGCCGUGGCUAUAAACUGGAUAUUUUUGCUUACAAUAUGCUAAUACAUGCCUUGGCUAAGAAUGACAAGAUUGAUCACGCUUAUACGAUAUUUGAAGACAUGAGAAAGAAGCAUUGUGAGCCUGAUGACUUUACAUACACAAUUAUGAUCAGAAUGAAUGGAAAAUCGGGUAAAGUUGAUUUAUCACUGGCACUUUUUCAGGAAAUGAUAACAAAGGGAUUUACUCCUAAUUUAAUCACUUACAAUACUAUGAUUGAGGCCCUUGCUAGUAACAAGAUGGUUGAAAAGGCCAUCUUUGUCUUUUCAAAAAUGGUGGAAAGGGAUUGUAGGCCUAAUGAAUUUACUUACAGUGUGAUUUUGAAUGCUCUUGUUGUUGAAGGUAAGCUUGGUAGAUUAGAUGAGAUAGUGGAAUUAUCAAUGAAGUACAUGACUAAGCCUAUAUAUGCAUUUCUUGUAAAGACAUUGAGUAAACUAGGCCAUGCUAGCGAAGCUCACCGUUUGUUUUGUAACAUGUGGAGUUUUCAUGAUAAGGGUGACAGAGAAGCUUGUUUUUCGAUGUUGGAGAGUUUAUGUACCAGAGGUAAAACGACAGAAGCUGUGGACCUUCUGAGUAAAAUUCAUGAAAAGGGAAUAACCACCGAUACUAUCAUGUAUAAUACUGUAUUCUCAGCUCUUGGAAAGUCGAAGCAAAUAUCCCAUCUUCAAGAACUUUAUGUGAAGAUGAAACAGGAUGGACCUUCCCCAGACAUAUUUACUUAUAAUAUUUUAAUUGCCAGCUUUGGUAGAGCUGGGAAAGUUGAAGAGGCUGUUGAAUUAUUUGAAGAACUUGAAAACAGUGAUUACAAACCUGAUAUUAUAACUUACAAUUCCUUGAUCAAUUACCUAGGGAAAAAUGGUCACCUAGAUGAAGCACACAUGAGAUUCAAGGAGAUGCAAGAGAAAGGAUUGAGUCCUGAUGUUGUUACUUAUAGCACUCUCAUUGAGUGUUUUGGCAAGACAGAUAGAGUUGAAAUGGCUUGUCGGUUGUUUGAUGAGAUGCUUGCUGAGGGAUGCUACCCUAACAUUGUUACAUACAAUAUCUUGCUUGACUGUCUUGAGAGAUGUGGGAGAACUGCUGAGGCAGUUGACUUGUAUGCAAAGCUUAAGCAGCAAGGCUUAACCCCAGAUUCAAUAACAUAUGCAGUUCUUGACCGUUUGCAAGGUGGUUCUCAUAGGAGGAUUAGAGCUCGAAGGCAGAGUCCGAUAACAGGUUGGAUUGUCAGUCCCCUUAGAUGAGAAAGGCAAAUUGGUUAACAAAAAAAAUCUUGUUACCAACUUUGCAAGUUAUUCUAAGCACAUUUUGUCUUAAAUUGCCACCGAUCAAGUAUCUUUUGCUGGAAAGUUAAAAGAACUGUUCCUAAUCAUAAUGUGAAUCAAGCCUACGAAGGUUAGGCUUGCAUGUUGUAAGUGCAUUUUUUCAGAGUUAAUUAAUUUUCCAAUAAUUUAGAGAUUUCUAAGUGUUCUAAUUUAAGACUGUCACCUAUCACAUGUUUUGAUCAAUUUUUGUUGAGAAAUAUCUUUGACUUUUUUCCUU